AUGUUGAAGAUACCUGGAAUAUUCAUAGUUCUGUGCAUCAUAAAUCAUUGCUCAGGUUAUGGGCUCGGGGAGAAGCUAAUCAUUGACACGGACGGUGCUUUUGAUGAUAUUCGAGCUCUAACACUUGCGCUAACCCACAAAGAUACCAAUAUUCUAGCGAUUACAACUACAAGAGGUGGAGUUACAGAAACUCAAUCAGCCAAAAAUGUCGACAGAAUCCUACGAGCCACCAAGCAAACGCAUAUUCCGAUUUAUAUCGGAUCAAAUGACUCAAUCAUCCCAAAAGGACCAUUGGUUGUUUGGGAAGAAUUGUAUGGAAGUGAUGGAAUUGGAGGAGUUCAAGAUGUUGAGCCGAAAACUUUGGAAGAUUCACCGAGGAUCAGUAGAUUUAUGACGGCUAUUGAUGCGAUUAUUGAAUUGUCGAAACUGAAUCCGGAUUUGACUAUGGUUUGCAUUGGACCGCUCACGAAUUUAGCAAGGGCUAUUCAGAGAGAUCCGAGUGUUGUUGGGAGAUUGGGAAGGGUUAUUGUUAUGGGCGGAAAUUAUUUGGGUGAGAUUUUGAAGGCUGGGCAUCGACUAAAUGACAUUUUCAUGUUUUUUAAGCAAGUGAGUUGAAAUUCUGGGUUUUAAUAUUAUUCAUAUGAUAGAAUGGUCUAAGACGAAUAGAAUGAUAUAAAUUUUGAUGACUUUACGUUAUCCAUAAGUGAUUUAGCGAGGUUUAGUCGAUAUUUAGUCGAUAAGUCGCUAAAUCACUUAUGGAUAACCGUAAAGUCAUCAAAAUUUAUAUCAUUCGGUUCGUCUUAGAGCAUUCUAACAUAUGAAUAACAUUGAAACCCAAUAUUUCAACUCACUUGCUUAAAAAACAUGAAAAUGUCAUUUAGUCGAUGUCCAACUAACGUUUUAAAACGACUUUAUGUGUUUUAGGUGAUUCUUGCUCUCUAAAUUUUUCUAGAAAUGAAAAAUUCACGUUUUCAGAAAUUUCAAACGUGAACUUCCAACAUCUUUUCUCAUUUCUAAUAAAAAUUAUUCAUUUUUAAUGUCUGCGACUCCAGCUUUUUUGUCUGCGUCUCCAUCACUCUCACCUAUGGCAUUUUUAUUCAGAAGUUUUGAACCAUGAAUGAAAACGACAUAGUGAGACAGUUAAUGGAUCCUCGAGACGCAGACAAAAAAGCGGCGAAAGAGUGUGCCACGUGGAGAGUCGCAGACAUUAAAAAAUGAAUAAUUUUUAUUAGAAAUGAAAAAGAUGUUGGAAGUUCACGUUUGGAAUUUCUGAAAACGUGAAUUUUAGUUUUUUCAUUUCUAGAAAAAUUGACAUGCAUUUUUUUCCAGGAAUCGGCAACACUCAAACCAAUUCCACGGCCGAGUUCAAUUUCCUGAUGGAUCCUGAAGCUGCAGAAAUCGUCCUUCGAAACAUCCACUGCACAUUAAUCCCAUGGGACACAAGUUUCCUCAAAGGCCCCGAAUAUUCGAAACAAGUCAACUAUCUGGAAUCGCUCAAUUUCAAAACACCACUUUCCAAAUUCCUCAAAGCUAUAACGCAUCGAGCCCGCGAAUUCAACAUCAAACACGGCCAAACCUAUGCAUUUGUGGAUGAUAUUGCAGUUGCGGUGGGAAUUGAGCCAAAAAUCGCGCAAAAAGUGCAGAAAUUAUAUGCGAAUGUUGAGUUGACGAAUGGAACUGUUACGAGAGGACAAGUUGUUAUUGAUUGGUUGAGCACUUCGUAUAACUCGAAAAAUGCACAAUUUGAAGCCAAGAAUUUGACAAAUGUAGGGGGGAGGGGGAGAUAUUUAAAAAAAAUACUUUUUUUCAGAAAAACGGCUGGCUGUCUCAUGAUUUCGUCACUGCUUACGAUGUCCGACGAAUCAAUAAAUUGAUGGUUGAAGGGGUUAAAAGAAGAAUCUGA